UAACUGAACCGUUGCUAUCCGUCUACCAAAGCGAUUUUAUAGUUUGAGUUGGCUUAUUAUACAUGUAAAUAUUAGUUUUUGUAGCUCGGCACACAAGCGGUCUGUUUUAUGAAAUACCCGCUUUAUUUUUACGAACUUCUUCACUAUCCGGAACUAAUAUUACUUGGCUGUUGGGGGACUCUUUACUAAUCGGCGCAUCCGGUUGCGUUGCACUUUUAGUCGCAGCAGCAAUGGCGGCGUUUUCUGAAAUGGGGGUAAUGCCUGAAAUCGCGCAGGCUGUAGAGGAGAUGGACUGGCUGUUACCUACUGACAUCCAGGCAGAGUCCAUCCCCCUCAUUCUCGGUGGAGGAGAUGUGCUCAUGGCUGCAGAAACUGGCAGUGGGAAAACAGGCGCCUUCAGUAUCCCAGUAAUCCAGAUUGUGUAUGAGACCCUGAAGGAUCAGCAGGAGGGCAAAAAGGGCAGAGCUGCUAUCAAAACUGGAGGAACUGUUUUCAACAGCUGGCAGAUGAAUCCUUAUGAUCGCAGUCCAGCCUUCGCAAUCGGGUCUGAUGGACUGUGCUGCCAGAGCAGGGAGUUUAAAGAGUGGCAUGGCUGUCGCUCCACUAAAGGUGUCACCAAAGGGAAGUACUACUAUGAGGUGACCUGCCAUGAUCAGGGGCUGUGCCGGGUGGGCUGGUCUACCAGUCAGGCAGCUCUGGACCUGGGAACUGAUAAGUAUGGGUUUGGUUUUGGUGGAACUGGGAAGAAAUCCAACAACAAGCAGUUUGACAGCUAUGGAGAGGAGUUUACCAUGCACGAUACUAUUGGCUGCUAUCUGGAUCUUGACAAGAGCCAAAUUUCAUUCUCUAAAAAUGGUAACGACCUGGGUGUGGCCUUUGAGAUCCCUCAAAAUCUGAAGAGUCAAGCUUUCUUUGUCUCCUGUGUGCUGAAGAAUGCAGAACUGAAGUUUAACUUUGGAGGAGAAGACUUUAAACAUACCCCUAAAAGUGGGUUUGUUGCCCUGGACCAGGCCCCAGAGGGUCACACAGUCAAAUCUUCUCAUACAGGUAGUGCCAAGGUGAGUCAGGUGAAAGUGUCAGCAAAUGCACCCAAAGCCCUGAUCAUUGAACCGUCUAAAGAACUGGCUGAACAAACCCUCAACAAUGUCACGCAGUUUAAGAAAUAUGUGGAUAAUCCCAAACUCAGGGAGCUGCUGGUGAUUGGUGGUGUGGCUGCCAAAGACCAGCUGGCUGCUCUGGAACAGGGGGUUGAUAUUGUUGUGGGAACACCUGGUAGACUGGACGACCUCAUUUCCACUGGGAAACUCAGUCUGUCCCAAGUCCGCUUUCUGGUCCUGGAUGAAUGUGAUGGCCUCCUGACAGCAGGCUAUACAGACUUCAUCAACAGGAUCCAUAACCAAAUCCCUCAGGUCACCUCUGAUGGCAAGAGACUGCAGGUCAUUGUGUGCUCAGCCACACUGCAUUCAUUCGAUGUGAAGAAGUUGUCUGAGCGGAUCAUGCACUUUCCCACCUGGGUGGACCUGAAGGGUGAGGACUCGGUUCCAGAGACUGUCCACCACAUAGUGGUGCCGGUCAAUCCUAAGAGCGACCGUCUGUGGGAGCGCCUGGGCAAGAACCACAUCCAGACUGAUGAAGUUCAUGCCCAUGAUAACACCAGACCAGGAGCCAAUAGUGCAGAAAUGUGGUCAGAAGCCAUCAAGAUCCUGAAGGGCGAGUACACUGUAAGGGCCAUUAAAGAACACAAAAUGGACCAGGCUAUAAUCUUCUGUCGCACCAAGAUUGACUGCGACAACAUGGAGCAGUACUUCAUUCAGCAAGGAGGAGGUCCAAACAGCAAAGGUCACCAGUUUUCCUGCGUUUGCCUCCAUGGCGAUCGUAAGCCUAAUGAGCGGAAAAAUAACUUGGAUCGCUUCAAGAGAAAAGACGUGAAGCUGUUGAUCUGCACAGACGUAGCUGCCAGAGGAAUUGACAUCCGUGGAGUUCCUUAUGUGAUUAAUGUGACUCUGCCAGAUGAGAAGCAGAACUAUGUCCAUCGUAUUGGCAGAGUUGGAAGAGCUGAAAGAAUGGGAUUGGCUAUCUCCUUAGUUGCUAUGGAAAAAGAGAAGGUGUGGUACCAUGUUUGCCCAAACCGAGGCAGGGGCUGCUACAACACACGACUGAAGGAGGAUGGAGGAUGCACCAUCUGGUAUAAUGAAAAAGAGCUCCUAUCAGAAAUUGAGGAACAUCUAAAGUGCACCAUCACGCAGUGUGAGCCAGACAUCAAAGUACCCGUGGAUGAGUUUGAUGGAAAGGUGACCUAUGGACAGCGCAGGGCGUUGGGAGGUGGUAACUACAAGGGUCACGUGGAUGCUCUGGCCCCAACUGUUGAGGAAUUGGCCACCCUCGAGAGAGAAGCCCAAACCUCCUUUCUUCACCUGGGAUAUAUGCCAAACCAGCUUUUCAGAGCUUUCUGACCAUAACCCCAACUAGCUGAAUAGCACUACAUGCUACUCAUACACAGUGGGGGGGGGGGGACCUGAACUGUGUACAUCAAAAUUCACUUUUUUUUUUUUUUUUCUCCCCCCACUCAGAGAUGCAAACAAAACCCAACUAUUAAUUUGCAUGAAUUAUAAAUUAAGUGUCAUAAUAACAUUUGAUGGUGUUUGCCUUUUUUCUCAUUUUCAAAAGUUAGGUUUAUUGUAAGCAUUCAGUUCAGAGGCCUAUCAAGACUGUUGGUCCAAUUAUUUUGACUUCAUUUACUGCCACUCUUACAUACUGUAAUGUUAAUUCUGAUUGGUUGGAUUCUUGUUGAUAUGGCUGAAUUAAUCAUUUAAUCAUUGUAUAGUAAAACUUCACUGAAAGUGG